GUAAUAGAUGGUCGAUUCAGCUGUGCUUCCUUUAAUAUGCUUCAAAAAAAGUACAAAAGCUAGGGCACCCUAUUACCCACAGUGAAGUUUUCGUUGCUACAUGGAAGUUUUCUUGCUUCAUAAACUAGUCUACAAUACUUAUAUACCACAAAUUUCACUGCAAACUUUUGCUAUUAUCAAUGUGAAGCUCUGUUGGUGUCUCAAAGGCUACCAAAUGAAUCAAGGUUUGAUUUCCGCCCACAAGGGAGCCGAUGGUCUAAGAGUAGUCAGUGAGAGCUCCUGACAGGACAAAGGCUGGGUGGCUCCUCCAGCUAGCUUGGCUCUUCAGCAAAUAAGCAGACGGUCUAGGCAUGGUUGCGCAUGCGUAGAGAAUUAUCUGCGGUAGCUAGCUAGCUAGCUAGCUAGCUAUGGAGUUUGUUCGUUCUUCUGACGAUUUCUGUGCCGGGUACCUGCAAGAAGACAGCGACCUCGAGUUUUCAGACUGCUCCGAGGACGUCAGUUCAGAUGAAGAGAGACGGAGAGCAAGGAAGAGGUGUGGUGUGCCUGCUGUCAGGCCACCUCGAGGAGGAGGAGUAGGUGGGGAAUGGAGUGAAGAUGAAUUUGAGAGAGACAUGGAGAGUGAGCUGAUGUGUGUCCUACAGACUGUGACCUCUCCUGAUGCCCUCACUGCUGCUGUAUCUCCGCCAGGUCAAAUUAAGGGCAGGAGUAGAAAAAGAAGACAGCUUCAAGCGCCGAGGCCAGAGAGUAGGCCCCUGUCAUUAGAACCCAGUUCCAGUGGGGGUGAUAAGGAGGGGGAGGAGAGAGCAUCAGUGAUCAGGGAGCCAAAGAGGGAGAAGAAGAGAGAGGAGGAGAGGGAG